AUGUCUCGUGCUGCUCGGGCAUCCAAGUUGCUAGCAUUAGCGGAUUCAGAUUCCGACGAACUUUCCGGCCUUGGCGCAAAGGCCAGCAGCGGCCGCACGUCAGAAGAACAGAAGAUGCCGCCGGCGAAGAAGGCCAGGGGUCGACCUCCGGCCGCCAAUAAAGUCAGGAAGCCAGCGCAAAGAGCGACGAAAGCUCGCACGAACACCAAGAUCGCAGCAGUGGUAGAAAAAGCAGAAUAUGAGGAUGACGUUGACGCUUCGACCAAGAUCCAUGGAAAUUCUUCGAAGAAGGGGCGCAAAGCAGCAGCGAAGUACAAAGGCGACGAUGAGGACAUAGCCGAAACGGAUGAGGAGGUCACUUCUUCGGUUAAGCUGAGUGUCGCCAAGCCUAGAGGGCGUCCGAAGGCCGUAGCUGCAGCUGCAGCAGCAUCCAAUACAGACGAAUCAAAGAAGAUACAGGAGUCCAUCCUGAAGCGCACCUCGCCGGUGGCCAAACGAGGGCGCCGCCCCGCGAUCAAGUCAACAACGAACGAAGACUCGGAAAUUGCGGAGACACAGCCUGAAGAUUUCAUGGACAUUGACACAGAAGUUGAUGCCGAAUUCGAGGACUUGCCGGCACCACGACAGCCUGUCCACCGUUCCAAUAGAACCACGGAGAGCUCGGGCGUGGAAGCAAAUGAGGUGGUGUUGAGGCGGCGGCUGGGCGAGACGACAAGAAAAUACGACAAUUUAGAGGCAAAAUAUCGUGAUCUUCGGGACAUUGGGGUCAAAGCAGCCGAACGAAACUUCGAUAUUCUUAAGAAGGAGAGCGAGGAGCGAGCGAAAACUGCGAAUGAACUCAUAAGUCACCUCAAGGCCGAUCUUGCCGUGCAACGGGACUUGGCAAAGGCAGGACAACAGCACCAGAAGCAUCUCCAGGAAAUGGAGGCGAAAGUGACAGCAUUGACCACGUCGUUGGCCGAGGCGAAACAAGAAGUGAAGACGCUAUCGACGAGAUUGGCCGCGAGCAGGUCCGCUGAAGCUGCAGCAAGUGCCAAGGUGGUUCCUGGUAGUGCUGUUAAGAGUGGAAGCGCCGCUGCUGCUCGAGCUAUCGCAAGUUCAGAUGCGGUGCAAACGGGGCAACUGAGGGAGGACCUUUAUGGCGAUUUGACCGGCCUUAUUGUCAGGUUGACGAAGCGCGACCCUGCCGGUCAGGUCUUUGACUGUAUACAGACGGGAAGAAACGGAACACUUCACUUCAAGCUUGAAGUCGAGAGCGAGAGUUCAGGCGAGCAUUACGAAGAAGCACACUUCACGUACAAGCCACAGUUGGACUCAAACCGGGACCGAGACUUGAUUGAUAUGCUCCCUGAUUUCCUGGUCGAAGAGAUCACAUUCCCUCGACCACAUGCCGCGAAGUUCUAUGCGCGGGUGAUCAAGUCUUUGACAGAGCGCAUUGAUUAA